GUAGCUUUAGGCAAGACUACCAAACAGAGUUCAUCUUUAGUCCAGAUUGGAUAUAAUUCAUCUAAUGCUGUAGAUGGUGAACGUCAGGAUAAAUAUGGAUCUUGCUCAGUUACAAAUAAUGACAUCAAAUCAUGGUGGUGUGUUGAUUUACAGAAGCCAUACAAAAUCAACGAAAUUAAUGUUUAUGGUGAAAAUAGAAAUAAAAGCACUAAAGUCAACCUUACUAAUUUUUCUGUAAUGAUCAGUGAUACUGGUAGUUGUGAUGAAGCAACUCUUAAAUCAUCACCAGUUUGUUAUAAAGAUCCUGGUAUUCAUAGAAAUCCGUAUAGUAUAGAUAGAUGUAAUCAACAACCAGAUGUUGAGUUGACAGGACAUAUUGUAUUUAUAACAACAGACAUUGAAUAUACAUCUCUAGCAUUAUGUGAAGUAGAGGUUUAUUCAGCUCGGUGUUCAGAUGGAUAUUAUGAAAAAUCUAGUGGAACAUGUUCAUCUUGUAAGUGCGGUGGCAAACCAUGUGAUGACAAUACAGGACACUGUAAACCAUGCCCUAUAAAUUGUAAGAAUGAUAAAUGUGAUGUUACUGGUAGAUGUACAGAUGGCUGUAAUGUGGGAUUCUAUGGUAUUAAUUGUACGGUUGAAUGUAGUCCAAACUGUAAAGGUGGUUGUAAGAUGAUGAAUGGUGUCUGUAUCAAUGGAUGUAAAGAAGGUUUCUAUGGUAAUGAUGGAAUGUGUAAGCUAGUAUGUUCAAACUGUAAAUCCGGUGGCUGUAAAAUGAAAAAUGGAAUUUGUAUUAACGAGUGUAAAGAUGGAUUUUAUGGUGGGAGAUGUAGAUCGAACUGUUCAACAUGUAAAGACGGUAGCUGUAAGCGUGGUGUUUGUACCAAUGGAUGCCAAGACGGAUUUUAUGGGGGUGUAUGGUGUCUAAAAAAAUGUCCAAACUGUCUACCAGGAGGAUGUGAUGAAGAUGGUGGUGUUUGUAACAGGGGAUGUAUAGAGGGUUGGUAUACAGAUACAUGUAAUACACGUUGUAGUAGUAAAUGUCAAGGUGGUUGUAAUACAUCAAAUGGUAUAUGUACAACAUGUUCUCCAGGUAGAUAUGGUGAUACCUGUCAACAUGACUGUAGUAGUCAUUGUCAAGGUGGAUGUAAUAGAUCAAACGGUAUAUGUACAACAUGUUCUCCAGGUAGAUAUGGUGAUAAUUGUCAAUAUGAAUGUAAUAGUUAUUGUCAAGGUGGAUGUGAUAUAUCAAAUGGUAUAUGUAAAACAUGUUCUCCAGAUAGAUAUGGUGAUGACUGUCAACAUGAAUGUAGUAUUGGUUGUCUUGAUAACAUAUGUUCUGCAGAUGGGUCGUGUAGUUGUAAAGUCACCUAUUACGGUGAGAAAUGUGAACAUGAAUGCAGUAAAACAUGUACGAAUAAACAAUGUAGAACAUUACCAGCAUUAUAUAAACCCGGCUGUACACGUGGAUGUAUUGAUGGUUAUAAAGGUUCUUACUGUCAAACACCAUGCCCGGCUAACUGUGUAACAUGUAACAACAGUGACUGUUCGCUUUGUAAAUCUGGAUGGUACGGAUCUAAUUGUCAAAAUCGCUGUCCCGAGAAUUGUCCCAAUCAAUGUGAUUCGGUAUCUGGAGAGUGCAAACAAUGUGUAGGCAACACAUUUGACAGGUUUUGUAAUUCAACUUGCAGUAAUGGAUGCAGAAAGCACGAUUCAGAUACAGUAUGUAACAUGACUGGUGAUUGUUUAUUUGGCUGUAUUGAUGGUAAAUUUGGUACAAGAUGCGACAAACCCUGUAGCCUUACGUGUAAUAAUAAAGGCUGCGAUCAAACAGGAAGAUGUUAUGAAUGUCUUGAAGGAUAUCAUGGUGACAGCUGUGAGAUGAAGUGUGUUAAAUCGUGUAGUCGGCGAUGCAGUAGACAAGAUGGCCAGUGUAAUGAAUGCAUCCCAGGAUAUUAUGGUAAUUAUUGUAACAACACUUGCAGCACUACUUGUUUAGAAGGAUGUAGAGGAACUGAUGGUUACUGUAAUAAAUGUAUGAAUGGAUAUUAUGGUAAUUACUGUAACAAUUCUUGCAGCACUACUUGUUUAGAAGGAUGUAGAGCCAAUGGUUACUGUAUUAAAUGUAUGCAUGGUUAUUAUGGACGAACAUGUAAUCAAACGUGCAGCAAGACUUGUGAAGGGGGGUGUAAAAGAUAUGGUAAUUGUUUACGAUGUUCAAAAGGUUUUUAUGGUGACUACUGUGACAAGAACUGCAGUGACAAUUGUAUAGAUUCAGUUUGUGAAGGACCAACUAACCAACUAAAGUGUUCUAAAGGAUGUGUUGAAGGGAAGACGGGGCGAUAUUGUGAACGUGGAUGCCUCCAGCAUUGUAUUAACUGUGACCAAUUCAACGGAUAUCAAUGUUCAACAUGUGAAGAUGGUUGGAGGGGAACUUAUUGUUCAGAGCGUUGUCCAGAACAUUGUAUCAAAUGUGUUCAAAAGAGACAAUGUGUAUCAUGCAAAUCAGGUUUCUUUGGAAAGAGAUGCGAUAAACCAUGUCCCACUAGAUGCGUAAAUGGUGUUUGUGACAUGAAUGGUACCUGUAACGCAUGUAAAAGGGGACUUUAUAGUUCUAGAUGUGACCAUGAGUGUCCCACUGGAUGCGUAAAUGAGGAUUGUGGCAUGAAUGGUACCUGUAAUGCUUGUAUAGUUGGUUAUUAUGGACGAACAUGUAAUCAAACGUGCAACAAGACUUGUGAAGAGGUUUGUAAUAGAGAUGGUAAUUGUUUACGGUGUAAAGAUGGUUGGAGAGGACCCGAAUGUUCACAUUCUUGUGCUUUGUUAUCUGAAAAUUGUAUUCAGUGUCACCAAUCACUAUCGCGUUGUUUAUCCUGCAAAUCUGGUUGGUUUGGAAAACGAUGCGAUGAGCGAUGUCCUACAGGUUGUCUUGGUGAUAGUUGUAAUAUUAACGGACAUUGUAAGUCAUGUGAACUAGGGCGAUUUGGACAAAGAUGUCGUGAAUUUUGUCCAUAUGGAUGUUUAGGAGAUAAUUGUACUAUAAAUGGAACUUGUAUGGCCUGUAGACAAGGUAGAUUUGGUAUAAGAUGCAGAGACUUCUGUCCUACUGUAUGUCCAGACAUCUGCCACUUGAACGGGACUUGUAAAUCAUGUUCAUCUGGGUCUUUUGGUCCCAUGUGUAGUAGAACCUGUCCUAUAGGAUGUUUAGAUGAUAUAUGUAACAUGGAUGGUACGUGUAAAGCUUGUAAACAUGGAUAUUAUGGAAUAACAUGUGACAAAACGUGUAGUACCAAUUGUAAAUCUAUUACUGGUUUAACUGUAUGUAAUAUAACAGAUGGUUCAUGUAUGGAUGACUGUGGAGAUGGUACAUCUGGACAUAACUGUACAGAAGGUUUAUUUAAACAUAAAUCAACUACUGGUAUAAAUAUAGGACUGGUUAUUGGUAUUGUUGUUGGUAUUGUUGGUGUUAUAUUUGCUGGUAUUGCAUUAAUAGUUUACUGUAAGAGAAGAAAUAUAUCCCGGGUUACAGAAGAGAGUGAACCAUAUUAUGAAUAUAUUGCUGUGGGAGAUGUCGUUACUACAAGUGCUGUAUCAGAGCACGAGAAUGAACAACGUCACCAAAAUACAGAAUUAUCAAUUAAAAGCGCAACCAAUGUUUAUGUAUAAGAUCACCAACAUCGAUAUCAUGUACCAACUAUGACGGGCUGAACGAAAGUACAAUAGAGACAAUUACUCCAGUUUAUGAUGAUUUGAUGUAAAAGAUUUUUAUUAUUCUCAGUGUACAAUCUAGUAACCUCCCUUGCUAAUAUAAUGUUAAUAGUGUAUAUUGUUUAAAAGCCAUCAAAUGUAAAUGGUUGGACGAUAAAUAUAUAUUAUAAAAUAGAUAUAAUCGCAUGUAUAAUCACAAUUGUAUGACACGUGGACUAUUCGUUGAGUAGAAAUGAAAUGUAAUAAUAUUGUUUUAUAAAUUUUUUCAUUGUUGAGUGGUAUCUGGUAAUGUGGAUAUAUAUAUACGGAAAUGUUGCUUCAACAUAUGGAAUCGUGUAACUUGGUUUUAUUUUUAUUACUUGUGAAUUGUAGCUUAUAUUAUCAAUUGCAUUAUUAUCAGUCGCUACAGUUUUUUAAUAUGAAACUAUAUCGCUUUCUUAUAAAUUUUGUUUUCAUUAUUGGGUGGUAGCCUAUAUUGUAAUGAAAGUAUAGUGGUAUAGUCGUGUAACUUCGUUUUUUUAUGUAUUACUUGUGAAUUGUAGCUAAUCAAUUGUAGCUUUCUUAUAAAUUUUGUUUUCAUUAUUGGGUGGUAGCCUAUAUUGUAAUGAAAGUAUAGUGGUAUAGUCGUGUAACUUCGUUUUUUUAUGUAUUACUUGUGAAUUGUAGCUAAUCAAUUGCAUUCAUUAUUUUGUUGUUAUUUUAUUUUUGCUACAUUAUUUUGAAAUUAAACUGUAUUGCUUGUU